CUUCUCCUUCCUUGUGUCCUAACCUCUGCCCUCUGUGAUCUGCAGGCCAUCUGGACCCGCUUUUUUCCUGCCUCAGAGGCUCUGAGAGCCGUUCUGGCCCAGGGAACUCUGGGGGACCUUCGGGUGGCCCGGGCAGAAUUUGGGUACAAACUUACCCAUUUGGCCCGGUCCGUAGACUUGGUGCAGGCUGGUGGGAGCCUGCUGGACCUCGGCAUCUACUGCAUCCAGUUCAUCUCCAUGGUCUUUGGUGGGCAGAGGCCUGAGAAGAUUUCAGCGAUUGGAAGGUUCCAUGAAACUGGUGUGGAUGAUACAGUCAGUGUGCUGCUGCAGUACCCAGGAGGGGUCCACGGCAGCUUCACUUGCAGCAUUACCACCCCACUGUCCAACACGGCCUCUGUGAACGGCACCAAGGGCAUGGCCCAGAUCCUCAAACCCUGCUGGUGCCCAACAGAGCUGGUGGUGAACGAGGAGCACAAGGAGUUCCCGCUGCCCCCAGUUCCAUGCAAGUUCAAUUUUCCAAACGGGGCAGGCAUGACUUAUGAGGCCAACCAUGUCCGCAAAUGCCUACGCAAGGGCCUGAAGGAGAGUCCUGUGAUGCCCCUGGCAGAAAGUGAGCUCUUGGCUGACAUCCUUGAGGAGGUGAGGAAAGUCAUUGGCAUCACCUUCCCCCAAGACAAACACUGAUGCCUGCCCUGAAUCAAUAAAGACAUGGCUUCUAUAGAGGUCUUGGCUGUGGUGGUUUGGCAGGAGCUGGAGAGAUCACUAUCAAAUGGGGCACUGGAGAAUAAUUUGGGUGGAAGGAUGUGGGGAGGAGAGGUCAAGACCACAUUUUCCACAAGGCGCUGGACAGACCCAUGGUUUGUCUGCCCCAGACUC